AAUAAAAAUAUAAUAUUAAUUAUUAAACUAUACAACUACGUAGAAGGAAAUAAAAUUAUGCAGGUUGAUCUUCCCUAGAAUUUCAUGACGAUAACGAGAUUCGUGCUUUCUUAUAGCCUCAGGUGCUUAACAAGCAACUUUGGAAUUCUUACAUGCUUAAGCUUUACGAUUUUCCAGCUCAAAAGCUCCUUUAGUAACGGUUCAAGCUACAUUGCGUAGAUAUAUUUUUAAGCUCAACUUGGAGAUGCUAAUCAAAUUUUAGUGAGAGAAAGAUUGCCUCCAGUGAGGGAAGAGAAGGUUUGAAUAUCUGCUGAAGGUUGCCGAUCCAAAGGAAGGAGAGGAAGAAGUAGCGUUUGGUGAAAACAAGACCAUAGUUGCUAGCUAGAUCUUGUAUGAUCAAGGAUGGGGAGGUUAUGUUCUCCAAAAUGUAGACUGGCAAGGAUAAUGGGAUGGCUUCAAAUCAUGUUGGGAGGUCUUGUUAUUGUUGUAAGCAUAGCCAGUCUCUUUAAGUUCUAUAAUGCAGGGUUUUUCCUUCACCAUGAAGAUAUAUGCCAGCACUUCUAUCAUGUCGGUGAUGCUUAUGAUGGGUUUGAUAUAAGAGCGUUGAACGAUCGAGUUGGAGAAGUGCUUGAUAGGAUGGAUAAAUUGCAAGAAAAGCUGGAGAAAACAGUGCAAGAAAUGGAGAAGAACAAGGUUGAUCUGGGAAAGACUACAAUGACAAGACUGGAGCACAAGAGGUUUUUGGAGCAGGAGGUGAUUAGGCCUCUUUAUGGUGCUCACAUUGCUCUUCGGCAGAUUCGACUACCUCAAGCAGAGGGGAUUAGAAACUCAACAAUGAAGGAGGAGCCUUUGAUUAACACUUUUGUUGUUGAGGAGAUUCGUAAGUACAUUACUCCGAAAGAAAAUAGAGUCGGGAAUACAAACAUAUACGGGACAGAGAGGAUAUAUAACACGAUAGGGCAUGCCUGUGUUUUGAUGAAGAAAGAAUUGGAAGAGUACAUGGACUACGACAUUGGAUCUUACUGUAAAGAUGAUUGGAGCUUGUCUCAGAAGCUCAUGGUCAAUGGAUGUGAUCCCUUGCCACGAAGACGGUGCCUGACAAGGGCCUCCAAGGUCUAUCAGAAGCCAUACCCCAUCAAUGAGUCUUUGUGGAGACUGCCAGAUGAUAGAAAUGUGAGGUGGAGCACUUACCAAUGCAGGAAUUUUCAAUGCUUAUCAAGCAAGAAUCCGAAGAGGGGCUAUUCAAAAUGCACUGGUUGUUUCGAAAUGGACAAGGAAAAGCUGAAGUGGGUCACUAAUAGCUCACUCCCUGUCGAUUUUCUGAUCAAAGAUGUUUUGGCAAUCAAGCCUGGAGAAAUACGAAUCGGUCUGGAUUUCGGAGUUGGAACAGGAACUUUUGCUGCCAGGAUGAAAGAGCAGAAUGUCACAGUUGUCUCAACUGCACUUAACCUCGGGGCACCAUUCAGCGAGAUGAUUGCACUUAGAGGUUUGGUUCCUUUGUAUGUGACAUUGAACCAACGCCUUCCGUUCUUCGAUAACACAAUGGACUUGAUUCAUACCACUGGAUUUAUGGAUGGCUGGAUUGACCUGAUGUUGAUAGAUUUCAUCUUGUUUGACUGGGAUCGGAUUUUAAGGCCAGGCGGAUUGUUAUGGAUUGACAGGUUCUUUUGCAACAGGAAGGACUUGGAUGAUUAUAUGUACAUGUUUCUUCAGUUCAGGUACAAGAAACACAGGUGGGCAAUCUCUCCUAAAUCAAAGGACGAGGUCUAUCUUUCUGCACUGUUAGAGAAACCUCCAAGAGGUAUUUGAUAGCAGUAUGAAGCUUAUGAUCUACAGUUGAUAAACAUUCUUCGAUCAUAUUACUGACAAUGCCUUCUCAUGUGACUGGCUCGGCUUGCAUUUUAGAGUGAAAGCACACUACACUUGAUAAUAACUGCCACAGCAUCAUCUUUAAUCACCAUAGCUAAGUUAUUGAACUUCGAGGGCUUUGAGUUAAAACUUGCAUUCUUUGUAUCUGUGCUAAUUAUUUAUUUUUAUCUUGGUGUUUUUAUUAA